AACCCAGAAGAAAGCCACAAUGCAGGAGAACAGAUACGACGGCGGCGGAGGCGGAGGCGGUGGCGCGUGUUACUUUGUUUUCAUGAACUACGAUCCUGAAUAUGAACGUCUACGAGCUGAUCGAUCUGGGGAAGGGGCUCAUGAGCUUGAUGAGUAUCUGAGUAGAAAGCAUGAUGGGGUUCUGGGGAGGUGUCUGGAGCCUGGAACUUACAGAAAGGUUUCGUCUUUCCUCAUCGUCGACGGGUUCUCGGUCGAAAUCACCGAAGAACAGGCGGAUGUGCUUAGAUCUGCGGAGGGAGUGAGGGUGGUGGAGAAGAAUCAAGAUCAGGCGGCGCCGCCGAUUAAUGCAACAGCAAGUUAAGGGAAUUAAGUAAUUUUCUAAAUUGAAUAUUGUAUGUUUGAGUUGAGUUAAUGUUGUGUUGGGAAUGCAUUAAUCAAAUAAUUAAAUUUAUUAUAUAGUUUUAAUGGGUUAUGUU